UUUGAGUAUUUUCACGGUCUCAAUAACAACAUGAACAACUUUCGAACAAUACUUUUGCCAUAAGAGCCAAAGGAACGGAAGCAGCUAAACUCAACGUUGUUGUGUUCUGUUCAAAAGAGAGGCAUUUUCAACUCGAAAUCAAAUCAGUCGUAGUGAGUUGGAAGUUUGGCGGCCCGGCGUAUGACGAUGAAGUUUUUCCUGUUGCUGGCACUGUUAGACGUUGCGGCUAUUAUUCAAGGUAAGAGCGUGAUAUUUUUCGUAUCGAAGCCUUAUGGCGAAAUUAAGAACUUUAUCGGCCUAUAUUUAAUUGUCUACAGAAUUUUAAUUGUCUACAGAAAUAAAGACUAAUGCCAUUAGCUCGUACGAUUGUUUUCGAUAAGGUUCCUUGUGCAUUUACACAAUCACUAGAACAUCAUAUGAUGUUUGAAUUGCUUUAAGGAGAAAUCGUAACCCAACAUCAAAUUGUCAUUCUAGAAAUUAUAUUGCUAUAAGUAUGUGAAAUAAAUUUCUCCACCGACGAUGAUAUUAUCUAAGAUCACAAAUAUCAAUUUGACUAAAUGAUAUCCAUGGUGUUUCGUAAGAGCAUCGGUGAUAUUUCCAUGACUUCUCAGCGUCUAAAGUUGUCUACCUUACCUCUGCAAGCUAUCGUUGACCGGAUUGAAAAAUUACUUACUUUGCUUAAAUCUUACGUCAUGAAGUUCUAGAAGUUUGCUUUGGGUCAAAUAUGGCGGUAGAGAUAAGAGGGACCGUGGUUCUGUUCCACAAGCUUUAGACACUUAAGUCCACGAAUACUACAAAAAUUUAAUACGCACAUUAAACGAAAACUUCGUGUCUCUCUUCGCAGCUGAGAAAGUGAUAUUGAUCGAAAAAAAGCUUGAAGUAAGGAAGAGAGGAGAAUGUGUCACAUUCAAAGGUGAACACUACUUCAGAGUGAACGGUACACUUACAUGGACGCGCGAGUCAAAACCCUUGCCACGUAGCGACCGCUUUGUUAUCUCAGAUGGGGGCAAAACACUUAAAAUUAAUCAACUGGAGGAAUCAGAUACGGCCCUUUAUUCAUCCACGAUACAAACUGAGGGUGGAUCAGAAAUAACUCGGCAAUGGAUUGUAGUAAAAGGUAAAGAAACAUUUAAAUCUACUCGAACUCUUUGGUCGCUAUUAGGCGUCAACUUCUCUUUUCGCUAAAAUGCCAUGAGAGCUCUUUCUCAAACUUGCGUUGCAUUUUAGAUGCAUUGUAAAUAAUUCCGUCUAUCCUUCCCAUGAAGUGCUUUGAUUACCGUUUUUCGAUUUCUUAUUACUACAGGUUGCGAUGUAAAUGAGAAAAUGACUGAACUCAACGGCUGUGAAAAAGCUUGUAAACGUAAGUGCAAAUUCUGCUCCUUUGAUUCUCACGAAAAAAAAAACGCGGAAUAAGAAUUUAGAUUUCCUCACCUUUUCCAUCCGAUAUUUGUCAUUCUUUUCUAAGUUGCUGUAAAGUUUAUUUAAUUAUUUCUGAAGGGGCUGCAUCAUUGCCACCGACACCCCUUAGUAUAUCUUCCGGUUCCUGUUUUUCCCUUCUACCGUUCCAGGCCCCUCUCAAGUCUGAGUCAGGUGAUAUGUAUUUGAAGGAAAGAUUCGGUUGUCAGUUUAAAGAAGUGGAUAAAAUGAGGAGAAGAAUGGGAGUGAAGAGAAUGGACACGGAGAAAUGGGAAGGGGAAAGGGAAAAAGGGAAAGGUUGAUUCGCAAAGAGUUGUGAACGAAGUUCCCGGUGUUGUGGUCUGGCCUUCAUAUGGCCCUCAUUUAAACUAGCUUUAAAGCUGAACUGAGCCAGCCUGUCUAAAUAGCGCCAAUACAUACAUACAUACAAUUCCGUUUGAUUUUGCUCGCUUCUCUUCUUUUCACUCUAUUGAAAAUUAUAAUUACGCUGAGCAUCCUUUCCAGCUUACUCAUGUAGCAUUCGUUAUCCUGUCAUGUCUUGUUUUUGGGUUCAUUUUGUUUGUUUGUCUGUUUGUUUGUUUGUUUUUGAGAUAUCACUGUUUUCGUCUUUUCUCCAUCUAAGACGAUUUUCUGGUUUCUUUCCAGCCAUGUGUCUGAAAGAUUGGCAUUAUUCCAAUGGCAAGUGCUACCGAUAUUUCUCUAAACCGAAGACUUGGCUGAACGCUUAUUAUUACUGCCAGGGACAAUUUGGAGCCAAACUUGCUACCAUCGACAAUAGCGUGGAAAACAAGUAAGAGGUGUUUUAAUUAAGUUCACGAUUACCUUUGGUAUCAUCUUUUGCGACUUCAUAUUGAUAAAACAUGUGAAAAUUUGCUUCGAAAAUUGUUUGAAAUAGCGAUUUGGUCAGUCCAAUACAAACCUACUGUUAAAUAUUGCUAUCUUCCGGUUCAGGAAGCUUCGUCUUGGUAACGAAAAGGUGGAAAUAAGGAAGUAAACGGAUUGAACAUUAGGUUUGGAACAAUUUCAGAGUGCUCUGAUUCACCCUUGAACUCCCGUGAGUGAUCAAGACAGAAUUUCUCCUUACUAUAUCUGUACAAUAUCAUGCAGACAAGUGAUGAGAAUAAAGAAAAAUAUCAAUUAUGGGAUUAGUAAUUGAUCUGAUACCAAAUUCUCCAAACUAACAUAUUAAGAAUCAUUUGGCAGACAGUAAGGAGAAUUACUCAUGAGAUCUUGGGAGUUAAUGGGUUAAAUUAAUGAUGUUAGUGGUAACCCUCCCCUCCCCUUUUCCCAAAUUUCUGUAUGAAAGAAAAAAUGAUUUUAUGCCCAUAAUUUAUCUUUAUUUAUUAUUUUAUUUAUCAUUGCACACAUCGCAUACAAAUACUACGAAAAUUAAAAAAACAUAUUUACAGAGAACAAGUUUCUCUUUUGUACCUUUGAGUCCAUCUGCUUUUGUUCGCUUUCCUUAAUUGUUAUACAGCUUUUUUACGGUAACCAGAAGAAGAUUUUAGAUUACUUCUACUAGAGGCGCAAUCGCCUCUAUUUGUUCGUCAGGAACUCCCAUCGGCUGCUCGACGGCUGCAAUGUCAUGCUCGUCAUUCUCCUCUUCCAUGCCCUGAUUAUCCAGCCCAAUCAACGCUAUCUGCUCCUCAAAUUCUUCCCUUUGCUCAUUCUGUGAUGGAUAACCUUGUGCAGGAUGCUCAUGGUGUCGGAAAAGGAAGGCGAAACAAGCACAGAAGCUUGUCGGUUGUGUCUCUUCAUCAAUUUCAUGGUGGGGCACGCCGAUAAGAGGAGGAGCCUCCUCUAAACCAGCGGGCAGUCGCUCUUCUCUUGGGGCCCCAAGUACAUACACUGGAAGUGCAUUAUGACUCCUCCUUAGUUUGCGCUUUACAUACCUUACCGCAGCAGCUAAUCUUCUGAACGGCCCUGAGGUAUUAGGUUGCUGUUGAGGCUGAUUGCCAUGUUGAGGAUUUUGACCAUUGGGAAGAUUCUGCCCUUGUGGCUGUUGUGGAGGCGCCUGUAGUGCUGGUACUAUCUCCCCGUAGGGUGGUGCUUCAUCGAUACCUACAUCAUUAUUUGCCAGCAAGGCAACCUCAUUGCCUACUACAGCACCUGGAACCUCGCCAUCUCCAUUCGCUGCUUCUAUCUCAUCUUCUACGGGAGGAAGUGGAUGAUAUAAAAGAUUGGCUCCCAUGGGAGCUUCAUCCUGUGGUUCUUCGUUUGCAAGGGCAUCAUGGGGGCCAAAUAGAGCCAGAUUAUGGCCUGGAGCAUGAGGAAGUUGCUGACCAACCCCUUGCUCUGCAGCUUCGUCCUGUGGUACAGGAUUGAGUUGGAGUGCCUGUGGGUUGUAUUCGACAUUUAGUGCCUCAUCUAUGAGUUGCGCAGCAAUAGCAUCGUUUUGAGGUCCUGGUUGGUUUCCCUGUGCAUUGACUGGCGCAUUUGGCCAGGCGUGCGCCUGUACUAGCUGAGGAAUGGCAUGUACUAAGGGAACCAUUAGGGCGGGGUAUUCUGCCAUGUCGUCGUUUCCGUUGGGAAAAUUAUGUUGCUCGUAUUGUUGCACUUGCUCAGGGUCAUUGUUCCCGACUUGCUCCCGUUCGCGUUCUGAUUCAGUUUCGUAAUCCGACCCAUAAUCAGACUCGCUUUCAUACAUGGAAACGUCACUCGACUCAUUGUCAUACAUUGAUACAUUUUCGGAGUGGAUGUCGUCCACUGAAACGUGGUCUUUGUCUUUAUCGUUUGAGUUGCAGUUUAUUUGGAACUUACUGUCAACAUUAUCAAAGCCUCUCUCAAAAUCUUUCAGUUUAAAACGCUCGUGUCUCACGUGAGCAUUUGAAUCAUGUAGUGCUUGGCCUACAAUACCACUGUUGACGUUUUUCUGGUUUAUGCAGAGUCCACUACUGUUUCCACCGAGAAGAACUUCAUAUUCAUUUCCUAAAUCCACGAAAUUGUUGGUGUCUUCCCUUUGUUCAAAACGUGACAAAUCCUGUUGGCACAUUUGCUCAGGAACAGUGGAAAGUAAGGAAACGAUUGGUGCGUGACUGCGUGACUUUUCGUCAUCCGAUAUCGUAUCAUGUGAGAUUGAUGAUAUUUUUGAAUUGGCAAAGAUUCUUGGAUGUUCCCCAUCAAGGAGGGCAAAACCACAAGCUAGCCUUUCCGUUGGACUUUCUGUUUUCUUAGAUUCCUGACUGGCUGGGGGUAUGCGUUUCACAAAGUUUCCUGCAUCACCCAUGUCAGUUGACAGGGACAAAUUUCUAAGAAAAGAGUAUUUGCUUACUUUGCACCCAACGUGCUGUUGUCUAACACCACUAUCGUUUAAAGACAAGCUUACGCAACAAUAGUAGCGAGUGACGUCGCACUUUGGAGGCAUCGGAGAGGUGCGUUCUUCCUGUUUAAGUGGCAGGACUAGUGCUCUCGAACCUCUGUCUUUAAUGUAUCGAGGUAUAUUAAGAAAUCCAAAACAGUCGAAUUCUGCAUUGAAUAACAUGAUCGAAGUCACAUCUUGCCUAGAUAUGACUCGGCAUUCCCGCUCGUCGACGAAAGCGAAUGUCUCCUGGUGUCUACUCAAUACUCGAGCUAUGCUGAGUUUAUAGAUUCUCUCUGAGUUCUUUUCAGUAAUAUUUCCAAAUUCUCGGGCUCUUUUAAAUACGCCUUGAAGGAAAGUGAGUGGCAUGUAAUAUCUCUUUGGUGUUAAAAAGACAGAUGCAUCUUUCUCUGAAGUAGAACGGCUUUCUUCGCUGUACGCGACAGAAUGCGACGCUUGAUUGGACGUUCUCAAAUGUCUGUUUGAUGUUACGCGGAGAAUGGCGCGUGAGCCCAAACAGUCUGCAGUCUGAAUGAAACAAAGCAAUACGACACGUUCAUCAAAGCUUCUGUUAGAAUUCAGUCCUUGAAACCAGUCCAACACACAAAUACGUACACCAGAUAACAGUGUUUCUUUGGCCAAUCGAGCAUUGCGAGCCAUGGAUUUAAGGUUUCUUUGUCUCGCUUUUCGUGAGUCUUGGGCACCCCGUGGAAUAAUUGGUUCUUCCUCUGCUUUGGACCGUCUGGAAAAGUAAUGACAACGAAUUAUGUAGGACGUUGUAAGGUAAACUUUUUGCGUAUUACAACUUAAACAUCUGUAAGUGAAAGAAACAAUGGUGUAGGAGAAUUCAAGGAACGAUACUUAAUGCAAUUUUCCUUGAUGAUUAAUUGAACUCUCCUAAAUCAUUUGUGAGCGACUGGAGACAAUGCAGAUUAAACACGUGAGCAUAACUGUCGAGCUGUACUAUCUGUCACUCUGCGAACAGCUAUUAACUUUAAAGUUUGUGAACGAAGACAUUCUCUGAAAACAUUCAGAUAAAGGCAAUUUGUUGCUACAUUCUGCGUGUGAAGUCUUGUUGUACUCUCUUGUACGGCAUUGCUGUUAUUUGACAUGCAUUUAAAAGUGUAAAACUGCUGUAAUUACCUGGUCUUUUUACAUCGAUCAAACCAGAAAAAUUUGAUUGCCGCCACUACUGCGGCGAAAAACUCCAUGGUAAUGAUCAUCCAGUAGAGUGCUGAAAAGGAAACAAAGGAUUUGCAUAAAGAAAAUGAAGAACGGUGGCAAUUUUUUAAGCUAGAUCGUCAAGUUAAGAAAAUAGAGAAAGCCUGAUGUUAUUCAUUUGUCAGAUGUUUACUUCAAAUGUUUUGACGUUGCUGAUCCUGGCAUUAUGAAGGAAGCUUGUUUUAAUCGAACUCUUAUUUUAUGUUAUAGCUCAAUAGCGAGUUCUCUGCGGCUCUGUGGUAGGACAUCAGACCGCAAAAUCUGAUGGUCAAACUCUUCGUGGGAGCUCGUCGUUUGUCCAUGUCCAAGACCGAACUCUUAAUUUACCAUCUUUCCUACUCUGUUUUCCCACAAUUGCACUUUUGAUUGGUCGCAAACUUACGCGCCGAUUGAGAAUGGUUAAACUCACUUACAUACUGUACGAAGGUUGCUUUAGAAACCGCCAAAAUCUCUCACACAGAAUUCGGAUUCUAUCUUGCUGCAUUUGUAUGCUGUAAAAUACUUCUCGUCUCUUCCAUCGAAUGUGUAGCAUUUGGUUUUAAAUUUUAAACAUAAAACACCUUUUGCCUUUACAGGGUUCACAGUAAUAUAUUAGAAACAGACUUCGGGAAACUGGAUUGCUACCUAUUAUUAUUUCCGUUAACGUGAUGCGUAAGCUCUCUGAUAAUGGACGUCUUUUGUUUUAUUGAAACUGACGUACACCGUGCGCGCGCUUUAGAAGGAGUUCUUUGAAAACAACUGUUCUUCGCGCAUUCGAAGGCCAGUUCGAAUGUCAGUAUUCUCAAGCUUGCGUCAGAUUCAUUGGAAAGUUAAAAUGAAAUUUAUGAUAGUCGUAAAAAAGUCUUAAACGAUUGGUGUACGAGAAAAGGAAAACUAAGACACAACCUCUUUGGCCACGAACAGAAAUGUAAUUUUCUUUCGAUGACUUUGCAAAAUCCUUUUCCGAUUGCUUAACGCGUGCUAUUACAGCAUUUUUAUCACUUUUUAGAGUUUGAUACUCUCUUGGAAGGGUGAGGACGGAAAAUUUUAUCAAAUAGUUCCUUUCUUGCCACGUUGCUGUAAUUUGCGAAACUGAAAAAAAUCUCCCUCUCAGAUAAACUUGGGGAAAAAUGGAUUAUUUGUAAUUACCUUUGUAGCACUCAGUGUUUGUAACAAUAUGCUUUUGCAUUCCAUAAUGUAGCAUUGAUAUCACAGCUAAAAUUAUGCCAAAAACGUGGAACUUCAUUCCGCACGUCUCCAUUGCAACACACGGAAGUAGUAAUUUAAAAUGGCACGUCAUCAAACACUAAUAUACAAACUACCUUUAAUUAAUAAACGCUACAUUAGCAGAUUGUUAAAUUAGGAAUAAUUAAAAGAUAGCAUAUCUCUAUUUUUUCUGUAUUAUUCCAGUCAAUAGCUUGCAAGCAACAGCGCCGGCAAGAGAAGGAAAGCUUAAAAAAUGAAAACGUUUGUUUAACCUAAACUGUAAGCAUUUGUCUGUAAUCGAUCUUUUGGUAAAGGGGGAAAGUUUCUAAAGAAACUGUGGUGCCGCGUCGGUGGAAGAGUAUAACAUGGUAAUUUAGGAUUAUCAGCUGAGAUGAUAACGUCAAUUAACGUAAAGAGUUUAAAAGCUGAUUUUUCGAGCGUUAGCCCUUCGUCAUUCGCUCUGAUGAAGGGCUAACGCUCGAAAAGGUGGCCAAUUUACGUUAUUAACUCAGUUGAUAAACUAAAUUACCCUAUCUUUUAAUAGUUCUUUAUAACCUGUAAUAUUGUCUACAAUCGUCCUGCUGGUUUUGACAUUCCUUUUAUCUUAACUGCUCUCGUUAUAUUCCUUCUAUCACAAGAUUUGAGGAUAUUUGAUGUACCUUACAUGAUAUGAGUCUUGAACCCUCGACCUACCGCACGGCAGUUCGGCUCUUUACAACAUGAAAUAACCAAUUGCGGUCUGGGUUUAGGAACUUCCAAUGCACUGAGAACUGAUGUAACAUCCAAGGAGAGUUGCAACUCUACUGCUCGCUUCGAAAAACCGAGAUUAGCUCUUGCUGUGAUAAACUACCAAGUGCGUCAUGUUUACUGCGUCAUGUUUUUCUCGUGUUUAUCUGCAGAUUUGUAGGAGGGCUUCUUGAGUCAGGCGACGGUGCUUGGAUUGGAUUGAACGACAGAAGUAAAGAAUCACGGUACUUGUGGAACUACAACAAGUUUGAUACGCCAAGAUAUUUUGCAUGGGACGAAACCAAUCCCUCCAACACUGAACCGAACAACUUUAACGGACAGUGCAACGUAGAGAGUUGUGUAGAGAUGAAAACCACCAAUAAGAAGUGGAACGACGCGGUUUGUAUAGCCCACAGGAAUUUUGUAUGUGAGAGGGAGUCCAUAAAAGGUGAGUACUGGCAUGUAAUUUAUCACAGAUAACGUCAAAAUGUGGUAAAAACGAACAAGAAGCAGUCACGUGUGUCACUGAUGUUCUCACCAAAUUUUUCCUCCCGACAAAAAUGUAUGCAUUAACACUUAAAAAAUAAAUUCCCUACUGCCGAGAUGACGUCAAAAUGUGGUAAGAACAAUAUUUAUGAGGUCAUAUUUCCCCAGAAGUGCUUCAGUGAAGUCAUCAAGAAAUUUUCCAGGAAACCAGUCUAGCAGCGCAACUCCACUCUGAUUAUGGCAGACACAAACAAACUUCCUCUUCGUGUUUUCCCCUCAGGUCUCUCUGGCUGGAAAUGUCUAGAUAAUGGUAUGUGUUACUGGUACGCGCGCGAGACUGUCACGUGGGACCGGGCACGACAGAAGUGCAGAGAAAACAAUGCUAGGCUCGUAAAGAUAACCAGUAGCUCAAAAAACAGGUUGAUCGGAGAUAUGAUAAAAACAAACAUAUGGAUUGGACUCAACGACCGAGUGGAAGCUGGUAAGCAUACGAUGGGACACAGGUCGAACGUGAAAUAUUGGGAAGGUAGUUUCUUUAAAUGGGGAAAGGCUCGUGUUUUUGAACGCACUAGCUCUUGCUUGGACAGGUCUAAUAAAGCACAGAAGAGUGCAUCUGAAAUUUGUUCAGUAACUGCCGGACGAAUUCUCGCACCAGAUUGAAUUGAUCUUAUGUGAUAUGUCCUUUUGUUGUCAUAGGCUUGAAAACUUUUUUUUUUUGCGUUUUAGUUUGGAAUCUAACAGCAUAAGUUGGUAACCUGCGCGUAAUUCAGUGUUUUUCGCAAAAUUCGACAAUUAAACUGUUGUAAGAUAUAUUUGGACACAAGUCAGGAGGACUGGGUCUAGAACACAAAAUCGAGGCUUACUGCAGUCCUUCUAAAGUGGAGUAUUUUGAAUCAACGGGCUCGUCUGUUUUCGCUUGCUUCCUUAAAAUACCUGAAAAACUUUUCUUUAGAGAUUUGUUAGAAAAAAAAUAAGAGGAAAUCCGUCUAAACAUGUUGUACAUUGGUCUCCAGGGCUUUCAGUUAGACGUACCAGAUUUAGAUACAAAAUGCGCAAGCUCAUCUCCUCUUCACGAUAAUGAUUAGGGCAGAGACUGAUACCUGAUUUUUGUAUAUGCAGGGAUAUAUGUAUGGAACGACAUAGGCCAAGGAGAAUUCAACAACCGAACUUCAUAUUUCAACUGGGACAGAGACGAACCAAAUGACAAACAUUAUGACAGCGGUACACCAACGAGGUGCGAUGGCGAGGAUUGUGUUAAUAUCCAUAUCAGGAAUGGUGAAGUGACUUGGUUUGACUUAAACUGCGAGAUUGCGCUGCCAUUUGUCUGUGAAAAGAGCCGAGGUGAGGACAUAUCUCUUUUAACCCUUAAAACCCCUGAGAGUAAUCAGCAUCUAAUUUCUCCUUACAAUAUUACCUCUGAAUCACACAUUAAUGUCAUGAGAAGAAAGGGAAUGAUCAUCAACUAAAGAAUUUCUUGAUUGUUAGACAAAUUCUCCUAGUAAGCACCUUAGUACAUGUACAGAGAACAGUAUGGAGAAUAUGAAUACUGAUGUUAGGGUGAGGGUAAAAUUUCUUUAUACCACCUACCCCCGUGAGUCAAGAUAUUUGAUGGAAAUUUCUUAGGUCAAACUGGCUUUUCUUCGACGUAUCACAAAACAACCUCUUUCUCUUUUCUUUUUGUUUUGUUUUGUUUUUCGGUCGGGGUGGGAGGAGCUCUAUCCAAGUGACGCACACAGCUUGGUUCAGCCGUAUCAACUAAAUUUCGGGCGGUGUUUACAAUCCCUAUAAUCAUUUAUUUGAAGGGCCGUCCUGAUCUUUCUUCUUUACUAACACACCUGGUGAACUUUAAGCUUAGCAUGUAAAUUUCAUUCGUGCCAAUUGCUUAUUUCCAGACCCCUAUCUAAGCUUUGCUGCUUGGAUAGCCAUUUCAAUGGGUGCAGGACUCUUACUCAGUAUAAUUGGUGGACGAGCCUACAUGGAGCUUAUACAUCGGCGAGGACGCAAGCAGGUGAAGCAGAUGAUAGGGGAAGCCACUGAUAACGAUGAAAAGGAAGACUAGAGCAGUAAAAAAAAAAUUUAUAAAGAAACGACUGUUGUUUGAAAGCUGGAUCAGGACCUGGUUUUUGCAGCCGUCACGCAACGCGCUCUCUUUUCCGUAGUGUCUUGCAUGACAAGACCAACCGACGGCUGUGAUGAAGAGUUGUUACCACGAUCCGCUCCUUCAAAACUUCCAACCCCAAAAAAUACAAACAAGGAUGACUUAAGCUCAUUCUAGUUUAGUUUCUCAACUCCAGAUAAUCCUUUAAGAAACAUGUUCAGAUGACGUCAUUGAUCUCUGUUUCGAGCGUUCCAUGUUGGGCAUUGUUACUUUUUCGUCCAUUUCCUUGCCCGCGUGACAGUUUCAUGGUGACAUGGUCACGGGUUUCGGAAACUAGUUGACUGGGUUAUUUAUUUAAGUUGCAGAUCGAUUCAAAAGUAGACAUAUGGAAGAUAUUCAUGAAUAUGUAUAAAAAAUUUUUAUCUAUGAUUGUGACUCAGAUUUAAUAGGAUAAAAUGGCAUGCUGCAUUUGAUAUUUAAAAAAGUUAUUUUCAAGCUUCCAAAAAAAUUUAUUUUCAGACGCUACUUUAAGUUAUUUUAAUGACGUAUCGAAACUCGGUUAUCAAAAAAAUCCACUGUUACUUCAUUCAUUCAUCCUCGUUCUAACAAGG